AUGACAACACGCAAACACAACGAUUUCCUGGACGUCGCUGCCAGUGACGAUGAAGACGUCAAUGAUCGCGGCUACGAUUCUGAAGAUAAAGUGGCUGAGAGCAAGGGCCGGGCUUUGAAGCGGAGAAAGCGAGCGGCAGAUACCCAAGACUUCUUUGGCUUGCAAUCCGACGAGGAUUCAGAAGGCGAGGACUCGGAAGUGGAAGAGUCACGCGGAAAGGGAAAGCCGCGCAAGCAAACCAAGGCGACAACUUCUGCUUCAGACGAGGAUAAAAGCGACGCCGAACAUGACGCCGAAGAGGGAGGUGACGGCCUCGACGAGGACGACGAAAGCGCAUACCUUGAUACUGCGACAAAAUCGAAAUCGAAGGCCGUAAAGCCUAUCGAUCUCAAGUCUCUUGGAAAGAAGAAAAAGAAGCAAAAGCUCGGAGUGGUAUAUCUGUCCUCUCUUCCGCCAUACCUGAAGCCGAUGGCCCUUAAAUCGAUGCUCGAGAAGCGAGGCUUCCCUCUCACCAAGGUCUUCCUGUCGAAGCGCGUCAACGACACGAAGCAGAGAAAAUCCAAUAAGAGACAAUUGUAUUCGGAGGGCUGGGUCGAGCUGCGCAAGAAGGAUGCUAAAAUUAUGGCGGAAUCGCUUAAUGCUCAGACAGUUGGUGGUCUCGGCUACUACCGUGAUGAUCUGUGGAACAUGAAAUACCUCUCUGGAUUCCAUUGGGAUGAUCUGACCGAUCAAAUAAACCGUGAGAGAGCAGAGCGGGAAUCAAAACGCCGGGUUGAAGAUGCACGUGCACAUAAGGAAGAGAAGAUGUUCCUGGCUGGUGUUGAGGCUGGAAGGGUUGCCGAUGGCAUGGCGAAGAAGAAUGAGGAGAAAAGGAAACGCAAAUUGGAGGAUGCUGGUACGGAUGCUCAAUCUGUUCCUGAGAAGAAACCAGUUGUGCGGAGACGUUUCGUGCAAAAUGAUGUGGUGAAGACAAAGCAGGAUUCAAAUGCUGUUGGGGAUGAGACGAAACGAGUGCUAGGGAAGAUUUUCUGA